AUGUACGCGCGGCCAGAGGACCCAUGCGAGGCCGCCGGUGACGUCGCGCAACCAGCAGCGCUCACUCUCCAGGACGUGGCGUCCACGGUGCCGGGCAUCGCCCGGCUGCUCUUCGAGCGAGCGAAGCGCGGAGACGCCAAGGACCUCUGCAACUUCGCGGCCAGCGCGUCCUGUCUGCUGCGCUCCUGCCUCAACCACGCACCUUGCGUGCUCCACGUCGACGCGAACGGCGCUCUCCUGCACGGGUUAUCGCGGUUCCCGGGCUGGACGCACUCGCCAGGGUCCCACGCCGUCGGCGCGGGCGGCGCGGGCUGGGCAGGCGGCGCGAUAUGCGUCUCUGGAGUGGGCGUUGCGCCCGCGUGGGUGACAGACCUGGCAAGCGCGUCGCGUGCCGCGGACGGCGCGGCGGGGCAGCCCCCCGAGGACUUCGAUGAGAAGUGGAACGCCCGCGCGGACGCGCUCGAGGCCGCGGAAAUCGUCGCGGCGCUCGCGAAACGGGGCGCGAUACUCCCGUGGGGGGAGCGGCGCCACGGCGGCACCGACGCGGCGCGAGAGGCGCUCGGCGUCGUGCACCUCGCGCUCGACCUCGGCGCGCCCGCCCCCGACGGCCCGGCGGUCGCGGACUUCGCGUUCCCGGACCUCGUUCGCGUCAGGGUCACCAACAGUGCCCCGGGGGCGUGUCUGCGGCUCGACGCGCCGCGGCUGCAGAGCGUCCGCGCGGCGCCGACGGCGGAGCCGUUCGUGAUCGCGCCGGGCCUCGCGUCGCUCGAGGAGCUCUCGCUCCCGAUGUCGUACAACCUCACGCGGGAUUUUGUCCCCCGGGACGUCGCGGGGACCCUCCGCGCACUCGACGUGACCGCGUGCCCGCUCGGGGCGCUCCCGAGCGGCAUGCACGGCCUCCGGAGCCUCGUGGCGCGCUCGUGCAUCUUCCUGGCCAGGAUUCCUGCGGACCUCGGGAGCCUGGAGUCGCUGGACGUCAGCGGGUGCGAGUCGAUGGUGCAACUGCCGGCGCGGAGCUGCCGGCGGCUGGUCCGGCUGAACGCGAGCGACACGGCGAUCGACGAGUUUCCGGACGGCAUGUCGCGGCUGGAGGUGCUCGUGGCGCGCACGGCGCCGCCGGCGGAGGUGCCGGCGUCGGCGGCGGGAAUGCACCCCCCGGAGGAGUGCGACUUCAACGGCCCGCUGCGCACGGGGUUCCUGCCGGCCGGGAGCGUCGCUGCGCUGCGCGUGCUCGACGUCUCGUUCAACACGGGCGUCGAGAGACUCCCCCCCGGUAUGACGCUCCUCGAGGAGCUGUCCGUCACGGGCUGCACGGGUCUGACGGACGCGCACGGCGGCGGCGCGGACGGGGAGUCCUUCCUCCCGGACAGCAGCGCGCGGAGCCUCAAGCGCCUCCGGUGCGCGGGGUGUCCCGGCCUAUCAAGGGUCCCUGACAGCGCUACGUCGCUGCAAGUCAUCGACGCGUCUGGCUGCACCGCGUUCCAGAACCACUUCCUGCCAGACGGCGCCGCGCCGCACGUGCGCGCGCUGACGCUGCGGGGCUGCCGGAUGCUCACGAAGCUGCCGGAGGGCCUGACGUCGCUGGCGAAGCUCGACGCCACCGCCUGCGCUGCGCUCCGGGACGGGUUCCUCGCGCCGUGCAGCGCCGCGUCGGUCAAAACGCUGGUCCUCAGCCUGUGCCCUCUCCUCACGCGGGUCCCCGGGGGUCUCCAGUCGCUCGAGGUAUUAGACCUCCGGGGGUGUGUUGGGAUGCGCGACGGGUUCCUGUCGGACGCCGGGUGCGCGCCGCGGCUGCGAAAGCUCGUGGUGAGCAGGUGCCCGAAGCUCACGACGCUGCCGGAGGGCAUGAGCGCGCUGGCGGAGCUGCACGUGGUCGGCGCCACGGGGCUGAGGGAGGGGUGGAUGCCUGACAGCAGUGCGGGGGCGUUGCAGGACGUGAUGGUCGGGGGAGGGGCGCCGCUGUCGCCGUGCGCGGCGCUGCCGAGCGCGUUCCCGUUCGGCGUCCGCGUGCACAUCGGGUGCGCGUGA